CCCGCCAUUCCCCGCGCCUUCCGGCACCCCACUACCCCUCCCGGCCGGCGGUGCGGCGGAAGCCGUCGACAUACCCCAUGGCGGCCGCCCGCGGCGGGCCGGUGGAGCUGGGCUUCGCGGAGGCGGCGCCCGCGUGGCGGCUGCGCAGCGAGCAGUUCCCCAGCAAGGUGGGCGGGCGGCCGGCGUGGCUGGGCGCAGCCGGGUUGCCGGGGCCCAAGGAGUUGGCCUGCGCGCUGUGCGGCCGCCCGCUGGCCUUCCUGCUGCAGCUGUACGCGCCGGUGCCCAGCCGCGCCGACGCCUUCCACCGCGGCCUCUUCGUCUUCUGCUGUCGGGCGUCGCCGUGCUGCGCCGGUCUGCGCGUUUUUAGAAAUCAGCUACCCAGGAAAAAUGACUUUUACUCCUAUGAGCCACCUUCUGAGGAUCCUCCCCCAGCGACAGAAUCUGUGUGCCUACAGCUCAAGUCUGGCGCUCACCUUUGCCGAGUUUGUGGCUGUUUAGGUCCCAAAACAUGUUCCAGGUGUCACAAGGCACAUUACUGCAGUAGGGAGCAUCAGAUUCUAGACUGGAGAUUGGGACAUAAGCAGGCUUGUACAGAAUCUGACAAUCUGGACAGCACAGUUCCAGACCACAACUUCCUUUUUCCAGAAUUUGAGAUCGUAAUAGAAACAGAAGAUGAAGUUAAACCUGAAGCUGUGGAAGAAGACGACUCAGAGAUUUCAGGGAGCAUGGAUGAAGCACCUGAGGAGGAAUUGGAUUCCACUGCAAAACAUGAAUCCAGGGAAGAUAAAAUUUUCCAGAAAUUUAAAAGUAAAGUAGCCCUUGAGCCAGAACAGAUUCUCAGAUAUGGCAGAGGGAUUGCACCCAUCUGGAUCUCUGGUGAAAAUGUCCCUCAAGAAAAGGAUAUUCCAGAUUGCCCCUGUGGUGCCAAAAGAAUAUUUGAAUUCCAGGUGAUGCCUCAGCUGCUCGGCUAUCUGAAGGCUGACACACUGGGGAGGAGUGUCGACUGGGGUGUCCUGGCCAUCUUCACCUGUGCUGAAAGCUGUGGGCUGGGCACAGGCUACACGGAGGAGUUUGUUUGGAAGCAGGAUGUAGCAGACACACCCUGACGAUGCCAUGGGAAAGCCUUACAAAUGCUCAUGAUCCCUUGGACCUUGUGUUCCCAUUUGUAGGACUUUGUCCUAAGGAAAUAAUUAUACCAGACACAGGUACGGAGAUGUAGUUGUAGGCUUUGUUUACAAUGUCUAAAUAUUAGUGAAACCAAAAUGUCCAGUAAUAUAAAAUGAUGUAAAGUUUGGUGUCAUCUGUACAGUGGAAGGCUAUUCAGUUUUUGGGACACCAGGUAAGACAGAGAUCUAAACUGACACCAAGGCAUUCAUAGUAUUUUUGUGAAAAUACACAUAUAUGUACACAGAAUUUUAUCUGGAAAGAUACACAUUAGGUGUGAACUGGUUAACUGGGAAUAAGUAAAAUGUUCUUUUUACUUAAAUGUAUAUUUCUAUAGUAAAAAUGGAUUUUGUGCCUAAUUAAGUCAAACCACUACUUCGAGCAUUUUCCCCCUAAAAUUUGCAAAAAUAAAGAGGAUGCAGUAUUUGGUUAAAACCCCAAGAUACUGGUCUGAUUAAUUAGGUAAUUAUCAGACUCCAUUAGAUGUGGAAGCCCGGAAUGUGGAAAAAAAUUCUGACCUCCACUAGGCUGUUGUGAUGAGUGGGACUCUGUGUGUCUGAAGCAGCAGCAAAGUUGGCAGGUGAGCAGAAAAUCUGAUUUUGAAGAGUAGCUCUACUUAAGCAUUGACCUUGGUCAGCUGAUGGCACAAGGCAACUGUGAGGCAAGGGCAGCGGUCUCCCUCUCUGUCUAUUCCUCUGUAUACAUGGGAAGUGAACCCAGGUAGGGAGAUGGGGAGUCGGCCAUCACACUUCCCUAGGGAGACUGGCACAGGAGGCAGCAGCCUGAGGGAAAGCCCUGAGCUCAGCUCUCAGGUGUGGAAUAUUGCUUCUUAUGCAAGUGGGUCCUAAAUCUAUGCUGUUUCCUAUGCUGAGGCUCUUUCCAACUCCUGUCAUUUUGCAAUUAUAGUAAUUCCCAAUUCUCUCAACUCUGUGAUCUCUGCCCAGCUCUAAGGCAGAACCUAGAGACAGUGCUGUUGACUAGUGUUUGAAAACCAACGACUGAUUCAAUAACUUUCUCAUGAUUAUUUCCAGUCUGCAUCAGCUUCUCCUCCCAUACACCUCUGAUAACCAAGAAACACUCUGCCAGUGCAAAUAAGCACAUCUUAUUGGAGGUAACAUACUAACAUCACUGACAACUUGCCUAUUUUACUGUUUUUAUAUUAGAAGGUCCUGGCCUGUUAGUACCCAUCACGUAUUUGUAAUUCAUAAAGAGAUGUGCAUAUAAAGUACAGUUACACAUAGCGCCAAAAGGGAAACCAGUUUGAAAUUCCCAUGGGCAGACCUGUGCCUAGGCUAACUUUUAAAUACAGCUUUUAAAGAGGGAGAGAAUGGUGUUACGGUUUUCAGGCUGGUGCCAUGAGAAUCACCUGUACCUUGUGAGACAGCUGGUGCUGUACAAGAGGACACAACAUGAAAAGCUGGCAUCAGCUGGUGGCAAGUCACACACUUGGUAAGAGGCUCAAUGGCUCUUAGAAAACCAGACUAGUGGGACUUUCGUAUCCCAAAUUGAGUAAUUACUAGUCAGGGAAUGUUAACAGUUUUCCAAAGCAGACCAGCAUCCUGACUGCUAAGGAUUGUUGGAGCACAUUCCUCAGGGUCCACCUGGAGACAGACCCAAACGAUGCAUACAGUGUUGGAGGCAUUGUGGCAAUAGCCAAGCUAUCCUUCAGGCAUCUUUCACUGCCAGAUUCCAAAGCUAAUGGCAAGAGUUCACAGGACCUUCUCACUUGGAGACAGACUAGUCCAAAUCAGUGGAAGGAAAAUGCUACAACAACCUAGCAACAGCUGAAAAUAACUGCAACUAUACUGAAAAUAGAAAAUAAAAAAUUUAAGGAGUAUAACAAGCAACUUGGUUGUUUUUAAAAAAUGUCAAAUACAUUUAAAAACAUAAAAUGAUCAAUACAUCUUGCCCAAUGGCUUCUGCAAAGAAUGUCAGUUACUAUUGCCAAUCCAUGCAUGCCAUCAUCCCCCCAGACACUGUCUGGCCUGACACCUCACCCCUGCUGAGGGAGCAACACAUUCACCUGUCCUACUUGAGACGUUGAAGGCUGGUCUUACCGUCUUUUGACGAUUCAGAGAUUAUAGCUGAAAAAAACGUUUUUGAUAAUCAUAUGGGUGGUAGUACUCUUGUCAUUCUAAGGCCGUGAUGUAUGAGAGAAAGGAAAUGACUAUGGGAUAUUCUAACUCAUCCCUUGUUUUAAAAGUUAAGGAUUCUCAGUGUAUAAGAUAAUCCAUAAUAUAAAACUGGUCAAAAACCCCUGCAGUCCUGAAUUUGAAUUGGAUUUAUCAGUGUGAACUCAUGAGAUAUUUUAUCUUGAAAACUUUCAGAGAAACCAGCAUUUUCCUGCUAUAUAAAGUAUAUCACUUUAUAAUAAAGUAUUCCAAUGAAAAAAUGAAUUAGAUCAUCAUUUGUAAUGCACUAAUGAAUUAAUAGGUGAAUGAGAAGAGAGACAACCAGACAGCUGAUUCUUCACAACAGAACAUGCCACUCAGGCUUUGCAAAGGGGUCAAGCCUCUGGAUGCAGCCACCCCUCUCUAGGAAAUACGGAGAACAGAGGAACAUGCUGAAGUGCACCAUGAGUUUGCAAAUGGCAAAACAGACUAUAAAAAACAACCCAAAGACAAGUAGUGAGUCUACAGCAUCUUACUAUGCUGAUGGACAGUGACUAAUGGGGUAUGUGGGGGGUACUUGGUGAAGGGGGGAGUCUAGUAAACAUAAUGUUCCUCAUAUAAUUAUAGAUUGAUACCAAAAAAAAAAAAGAUAAUUGGAAAGUGUUUAGAAAUGCUUGGCAAUAUUGAGUAUAAUUAAAUUUAUAAGUAAAAAAUGAUAAUUUGUUUUUUGUUCUUAAAAACAACAAAAACAACCCAGAUCACCUGUAAACCAUAAGGAAAAGAGGAGGGAGAAUUUUAAGGAAUAAAAAAAAAUAUUUUUUUAAA